AUGGUACUUCCUCCCGGAGUUGCAGAGCUCAUUCUUGAGGCUGCACAGGAGGGAGAUCUGACAUUGAUCAGGAGCUACAACGCUCUUCACUGCGCUGCCUCCAUUGGGGAAAGCAUCCCCACUUGCAGGUUUCUCAUCCAUAAGCUCAAGUUUGAUAUCAAUGCCCCUGAUUUUGCUAAAGGGGAUACACCCUUACUUCAUGCAGUUGCGGGAAAGCAUCAGCCUACUGUUAUGUAUCUCAUUAACAGUGGUGCAGAUAUUACAAAAAGUGACGUGGAUGGGUGCACCCCAUUGCAUUAUGCAGUUGAAGUAGGGUCCACUGAGUUGGUUAAGCUGUUGAUCUCGAAAGGGGCUGAUUUCUCUGCAAGUUCUAAUGCCGGGACCCCGGUACAUAUUGCUGCUGAUUGUGGAAGAGUUGAAAUAUUAAAAUACUUGUUGGAGCUCAAGGCAGAUCCAAAUUGUGAACUAGUCUCUAUGUCUCCACUUUGGUGCUUGUGCAUGCUUUACUGGCCAGAAGCACUAUGUGCCACUUAUGCCGUGCAUUCAUCAUAUGUAAAACUUAUCUGCUUAGAACUUACUCUAUUUGCGCCAUUUGAUGUGUUACAACAACAAAUAUAUGAAAGGCAGGAGCUGAUCCAAAUGUUCGUUCCUUUUAUGCUGCAACACCUCUAUUUUUUUGCUGCUGGCAUACGAGAUGAAAAGAUGAUUCGCUCCCUUUUGAAAGCUGGUGCUGAUCCUAACAUGACUGAGGGUUUGGGUAAAACACCACUAGAACUUGCAGCAUUUUGCGGGUUCAGGGAGGUGUUUAAGCUUCUGCUUCCGGUUACUUCUCGCAUUGAAUGUUAUCCUUAUUGGAGCAUUAGUGGAGUGAUGCAUCAUGUUCAUUCAUCAGAAGCUUCAGCGCAGUGGAAGUCAAAGCGGGAGGAGCUCUUUCUGAUGGCAAAAGAGAAUGGAAGAGUUGCAUUCGAGAAAAAAGAUUACAUGAAAGCGAUAUACUGGUAUACCCAGGCAUCUCAGGCUGACCAAGCUGAUGCUAGAGUACUAUCAAAUCAGAGUUUGUGUUGGGCCCUAUUAAAUGAUGGUGGGCGUGCUCUACGCGAAGCACAGGCUUGUGUUGAUUUGGAUCCUAGUUGGUCGAAGGCGCAUUAUAGAGAAGGUGCAGCUUGGAAACUUCUUAAGAAAUUUGACAAGGCUGCAGAAGCAUUUUCUCGGGCGUUGGCCCUUGAUCCUCGAAACAAGGGAAUUGAAGAGGAAUACCGUAACUCGGUAUACUUUGGUGACAGAGCUGUAGACGCUGAGUGUCGCAAGUCCAGCCAUUAA